UUCUGCUUCUCACCGGCACAUGUCCUUUAGCUUUGGGAUUGAUUUGGCCCUGCUGCCGCCGCUGGUGCAGCUACUAGAUCCAGUUGCCCCAUCAGCUGGGGACUUCCGCCAGCAGGCAGCCUUCCGCCAUGGCCUGCGAGUUGUCGGGCUCCUGGUGGACUCGGUGCGGGGUGUGCUGCAAUUCCGUCAAGCGCAAGCACACGCUCGCCGGGUAGCACAGCAGCUGGCCACCCACAUUCAGCCUCCUGCCGUGUGUGAUCAGGCCACCGACGGCAAUGUCCCCUUGACGGAUGCCUGGUGGUCCUUCCACCUGUUCAUGUCUUCGACUCCGGUGACCGGCGAUCGAGUUGGUGCUUUUGACAAAAAUGGCGGUGUCCUCCUCUCGCCAGAGCAAAGUCUGGCGUCCAUGCUGCAGACGGCGCGCUCGGCCGCGCCACGGAGUGGCUCAGAUCCCUCCUCUGGGAGUGCCGGCGGGGCCCCGGUUGACGCGGCGAGUUUCUUGGCCACCUUCGACCCUGCGCUUGUUGCUCCACCGCGCGGCCAUUUCCCGGUCCAGUCGCCAGAGGAGGGCCUUGGUCGUCUGGCCGAGUGUCUGGUUAGCGCAUUGGAGUUCCUCCUUGCCUCGUGCUGCGCCCGGCCCGGUCUCCCGUCAGACUCCGGUCCCGCGGUUGAGUACUUCCCCCCGCCGAUGGAUCACCUCGUCGGUGGAGCCAUGCGAGGGCUCCUGGACUGUUGGUCCUGGGAUCGCGCCCCGAGCGCCUUGGGACCACUGGGCUCUUCAACGGCCCGACAGCCUGGAGCCCGAGUCCGUGCACCUUCUUUGAGCAGUCCAGCCCCCACCCGCGCGAGGCCCAGCAGCGAUGAGGGGGUGGAAUUGGCCACCGAUCUUCCCGAACGCCUGGCAUUCGAUGGUGCUCGGCUGGCUGGCGAGGCCCGUGGCUGGCAGGACACCGGCUUCGCGGCUGGCACCGCCGCGGCCUUGGACACACACCACCGGUUUGUGACGGGGCCCCUGGCCGCGGUGGCCACUGCUUCCGGGCUCGAAUGCGGCCAGGAGGCGCUCUUUUCGAAUUUCACCCCGGAGAUGGCUGAGCGCGGUGCCAUUUACCUCUUGACCUGCCUGCCGCGCACGCUCCAGGAUCUGCACCUCUUUUGCCGAGGCAUGCCCAUCGACUCCGAGGCCGAGGGGGACGAUGCAUCUAGAAUGCCUUCGCGCCUCUACCGGCGCAUGUAUCGGGCUUUCCACGAGCCAUUUGUGGCAGCCACGCGGGCCCACACAUCCGGGAGCACCAGCGCUGCCGGCAGCCGCGGCACUGGAGGUGAUGUCGGCAGUGCACGAGGUGAUUGCCAUGCUGCAGGCAACAUGGCACACCUGGUGGCAUCCCCCGGGUCAGCCUGGCCGGGUCCCGGGUCUCCAGGAUUGGGCAGCUGGUCCAGCCUGCUGCAGUGGGAGAUGAAUGCUCAGCCUGUGGCGGAUCCGCUGGCCCCGCUGGCUGAGAGAUUGAAUGCGCUGGCCCGUGAAGCGCAGGCACUGGCUGCGGCCCCGGGAGCACGUCUCGGUGCCGACAUUUCCAACAUGACUAGCCAUGCUGGCAAGGAUGACCAGCCGGCGGCCGGAGCGCCGGGGCUUUGGCCGACCCUGGCCAGUCAGCACCUGGCCUUGCAUUUUGUGGAUCUUUCAGCCUGGUGUGCGGCGCUUCCGGGAGCCGGGCCCGCUGCCCUGCCCGGUUGGAUUUCCAGUGUGGAUGGAUCGGCCCUGAGCGGCAUGGCUCGAGCCUUUCUGCAUGGCUGCCCAUCUGCCGGAGGUGCAGUUGGCUUGCAUCCUGCCGAGUCUCUCGACUUGGCCGGGCGUCGCGCCGUGCGCCGGCUGUUGGGUAGCUUCACUCUCGGCAGCUCGGGCAGUCGCGGGGUCAGCGGGCGAUCGACCCCCGGCAGCCGGCUCAUCCUUUCCGAGAGCCUGCUCGAGGGGGCAGAGGACCCGCUGCUCGAUCGGUUUUUGAAUGACUGGCUCCGGCGGCGAGGUCUUGCCAUGGAGGAUGAGCUCGAGCCUCCGCGAUUGGCUUUGGCGGCUCUCCCGCGGUUAUUUCAGCUUGCCGCCGCGCAUCAAGAUAUCCAGGUCCUCCCGAGCGGGCUCCCAUUGGGCUCAAGCACCAAGGCCAGCACCACGGCCGAGGCCGACAUGUCCUGGCAUGUUGGCACGGCGCCGGCCCGCGGCACAAGCGGUCCAUGGCUCCGGCGGAUUUCAGCGAGGCUGGUCCUCGGGCCGGGGGUGCUCGAGGCCGCCGGGAUGCCGACCAAUCACAGCCGGUGGGCGCUGCUUCCGGCGUCCCCCCUUUGUGGAGCCUUUUUGGGCGGGACUGUGGCUGGCGGGCGCCUUGCCCGAGCAUUGGCCGGGACCGAUGCACCAAGGGCCCGAGAUAAGGACGGGCUGGCUUUGACACUUGUUGGGUUUUUGGAUGUCCUAUCGGGCCGAGCACGCCUUUUGAGCAUACUGUGCCCGCUGGUGCGCCUCUUCGCAUUGGACUCCCUGUCCGAGCUUCAGGUCAUCGAUGCCGUGUCCAAGCCGGAGGGGGCCCAUUCGCCAGGCACCGGGUUGGGCUUUUCGCCGGCCGACUUGGUUCUUGUGUCUGGAUUCCUUGCAAGCACCAGCCGACUGGCGGUCAUUCGGCUUGACCUUGCCACGGUGAACCUGGGGCAGCUGUCUCUCCUUCCCUCUGAGGCAGACUUCGCCGGUGGUUGUCGCCACUGUGGCGCUCCGUUGCCCCUGGCGCCGGGAAACCCGCCGGCCCCUCAAUCACUGCUGUUUGUUCUAGCCCCCUGGCUUGGGGCGGUCAGCCUCCUGCAGCGUGUCCAACUGGAAGCCCUUUGCGAUGGGUGUUCUGCCGCGCUGCUAGCGGGCUUAUGUGGUCCCAGUGCGGCCUACGGCCAGCAUGUGGCCAGGGCCCUGGAGAAGUCGAUCCACCCGGCUCCGGGCUUCGGACAUAUCGUGCCCACUGGCGGGUGCGCGGUGGUGGAGCAAGCAGCCCCGGCCGCCAGCGGGCGCUUCCUUCGCCGGUGGUCGGCCCUGCUUCAAGGCCCUCCCAUGCCGGACCCGGUCGGCUCCGGGCGUGCAGCUGGGUCUCUACUCUCGCAGCUCGUCGAACCGCAGGCCGUCCUAUCCGCAGCGACCGGACGCUGUGGCACCAUGGCCGAUUAUGUGCAGGAUCUUGACUGGGCAUACCGGUGUCACACGUAUGAGCGCCUGACUCGCGGCAGUGCUACUGACGGUGUCACAUCUUCGGCUUCUUCCGCCAUUAUGAAUGAAGUAGCCGCAGCUUCCUCCGCGACUGGGGAUGCCACUGCGGCGGCCACUUCCACGGCUGCCGGGUCGCUGGAGAUUGCAGGCCCGGAGGGCCCUGGGACGGCAUGCAGCGAUCUCGCCACCGAGGGGGCGCCCCAUCUUUUUGGGGAUUCACUCGAGCUCAUUAUUGAUCCUCGACUGCCGCCGGAGCUGGACCACCUGGCCGGUGAUCCGACCCUGCGCCAGUUGCAGAUGGCCUACAUCGGGCGCCUGUCAGGAGUCGUGGCGGAGACGUCGCUGCAAGCUUGUGUCAAGCUGUUGGAGUCCAUCUCGCGCACCUCCUUCGAUGUGAACGGCAUCCUGCUGAUGAGUGAGCCAGCCAGACAGCCAGCCUCCUUCCGGGAAAUGCGCCAUCGAGUGGCCGAGCGCCCGUCUCGUGGGGCUGGCGACGCGGCGCCCCUCCCAGCAUCUUCCCUGCAAAUGGCCCUCGCAGUUCGGUCCAUGGUAAGACUGGUGUUGAUGCAAGCCACCGGGGUGGGGUCCACAGUGUCGGCGGUGAGUCUGUCCAACUGGCCGGAUUCCAGCCCGGGGCAGGACCACCAUGGCAUGCCACCGGAGGCGCUGGCCGCGGCCACCGUCGAGCGGAACCUGAAACGCACGUCGCGCGCCCGACGCCGGGUAUGCCAGGCUCCCUCGGUGGCCGAGGCAGUGGAGGCCAAAUACCAGCUGGCUGGCCGUCGAGCGGCCGGCUUUCUGCCGGCUCCGGCCCUGCGGCAAGUUGACCUGCCCCUGGGGCAUUUGGUCGCUCCGGCCCUCAGCGCCGAGGCCACCUGGACUGAUGCAUCGCUGUGUGGCCGCGGCCUGGCCGAGGGCGGGCCAGUGUACCGACUCGCGCUGGGACCAGCCGACCCUCCCGUGGACUUCUCUGCAAGCCAAGUUGUAGCCUUGCAGAAGGAGCGCGAACUUCAGAUCCAAGUUCUUCUUCACAUUCUGGCCAUUUCCAUCGCUCUGACAAUCGACCCCGAUUUGGUGCUCGAGCUGCCUGGCGGCCCGGGAGCUCUGGAGGCGGCGACCACGGCCGCUGCGUCCUUGGCCGAAGGCCUCGGUGGCGGCAUCGGUCGAGAGUUUGCUUCCUCAUCGCCUCCGUCGGAUUUCGGCCCACUCGAUCCAUUCUCAAUGGCGGACUCGCCUCCUGUCGGGGGGGCGUUUUCCUUGCCAUCCGGGGCAUUUGGCAAUGGCAGUCAUGCUGGCGGUGGGCCUUUGGAAGUCUGCGGCAUCGGAAGCGGCAGCCUCAGCGCCGCCUCCUCAUCGCCACCCUCUUCGUUUUUGGUGGAUCCCGCAGAGCUGGCCGCCCAGGCGGCCAUCCGAGCGGCCAAGCGCCCCUCUCGUCGACGGACACACGGCCAUCCUCUCCCUGGAAGCAACGCUCCCCGGGUGUCCGCUCUGCAGCUCGAGGUGGCUGAAGACUUCCAGCAUCUCUUGCAGCUUCUUGACGCACUGAGUUCCUAUGGCCAUGAGACCUUUGUCCCGUCGGGGGAAAAUUCCUCACGCCCGGUUUCUGGCGGCCUUCCGGGCCCUGGCGCCGCGGCGGGCCCCUCAACGCCUCCUCCACCAGAUGUGGCUGCCGCCGCGGCUGCCGCCACCGCCGCGCUGGCCUCGCUGCCUAAUGGCUUCGCCGGGGGUCUUGCCGGCUUCCUGGACGAUGUUCUUCUGCCCCUGCUGGCCCUGUGCCAAGACACGGGGCUCGAUCUUGUUGGGCUUCCCCGGUGGCUGUGCGAUUUGGCCACCACUCUGGGUCCCAGGAUGGGGUCCCCGUCCGGCACAUUGGCGACCGCCAUGGGGCUGGGGUCUUUGGCGUCGGCGUCCGCCUCGGCCUCCUCGGGGUCCCUCUUGCUGGUGGGAUCAGGCUCCUCGACCAUGCUCAUGGGAUCGGCCUCGUCAAGCCUGUCCAUUGCGCCGUCAUUGUCGUCGUCGUCGACGACGACGACGACGACGGUGACGACGAUGGCGACGGCGGCGAGUUUGCAAGCUGCACCCGCCGCAUCCGAUGGCGGGCUGGUCAGCGAAUGGGCAUCGGUCCUGCGUGGGACAUUGUCUUGCCUGGAUCGCGAGGCUUUGCGCCGUCUUUUUGCCGAGCUCUUCCGGUAUGUUGGUGCACAUAGUCGUCGCUGGCCGGAGUUGGCCACGGUGGCUAGCGAUGAAGAGAGCGACAGUGAGAGUCUCACUCUCAUGGACCCACUUGGGGAAGCCCCCUCGACGCCGGUCGGCGCCAUGGUAGGCCAUUUGUCGGGGCCGCAGUUUGCGGGCCCCGAAGCUGCGAGUGGGAUCCGCCACCCCGGCGGCGACAGUCACACGGCGGGGACCCCAAGUGGCCUGGUUCCCGGGCUGGUUCCCGGGCAUUCCCCCUUCCACAGCCCGUCAAUGUCCCUGACGCGCAGCGUGCUGAUGCGCAAGCGCCGAGCCGAGACGCCGUUGUCGCGUCAGGCCGUGCGCGGGCGUCCUGCUGCCCUGGCGGACUCCGUAACCCCGGUGCCUCGAGCCGCCGGUGUCGGGCUGGGGAUCGACAGGUCACCCUCGCUGCGUGGUGGCUUGCCAGGCCCCACGCCCCGGAAACGAGCCGCCCUACGCACUUCCUCCCUCUGUAACUUGGCUCUGGCGGCCAGUCCCUCGGCUGAGAUGCUCGUGGCCGAGAGCGAGGCCGAAGGGAUGACCCCGCCUGUGGGACCAGGCGCCCGGGGGCUCCUUUUCUCCGGCGCAGCGAGCCACCAACUGCGCUCGGUUCAUGGUGCUGCCGGCGGCAGUGGGCAUGGUGAGGGUGUCCUGCCUGGCGACCUCCUGGAAGGAUACGACCACCAAUCAGCCUUGCUUGUUGGGGAGAGCUCCCCACCCGGUCUGCCGGACGCCCUGACUGUCCCGGCAUCCCCCGGGACAAGUCCACCGGGAGCAAGUCGCCACACUCGACAUGCCUCGGCCGAGGCUCCGGUCGCCUUCACAUCGUCGCAGUUGUUGCCCUCCUGGGGACAACGCCCGGAUGGGCCUCCAAUGGGAAGUCAUUCCUCCUCGACUGGGCCCUCGACCUAUCCUCAAACGGGGCCAGGGCAUCACCUGCACCUGGGCCCAUCGGCUUUGGGCGAGGAAAGUGAGGAAGGAUCUCUUGCCCGGAUUUCAUCUUCCCCCUCUGCCUCGCUGUGUGUUUCGCUGCACUCAAGUUCCAGUGUCCACUCCUUGGCCUCGGGGCCCUCCUCGGCAAUUUGCUCUUCCUCCUCCUCGACGACCCAGCUUCACGAGAUCCAGAAUGCCUUCAUCAUGGGCGCUGAAUUUGCCAGUUUUGUUGUGCCAGAAACCCCAUAGAGGCCCAGUGUUGUGCAUUUUGCAGCAGAAAUAUAGAUCCAUUGCCA